AUGAAACUGCACAAAUCAAACUUUCUCAGACAACUCAAGGCAGUUGCUGACCAGAAACAGAAUGAAACCUUUACGACAUGGCAUGAGCUAAAUGGAACUAUUGGUCAGGAAUACACCUUUGGAGGGCUUUGGGAAGAAGCUGGAGCUAUUGCCCAUGAUCUCCACCACAAAUGGGGAGUCAAGAAAGGAGAAAAGGUGGUUUUGUGCUAUAACUUUGGAUUGCACUUUUUUGCUGCCUUCCUAGGCUGCUUGAGGGCUGGGGUUGUGGCAAUUCUGGUUUAUCCACCAUUCCCACCUCUCACCAAGACACUCACAAAAAUGGAGAAAGUCAUCAAAGACUGCCAGCCUGUGUUGAUCUUGACGGACGUAACGAUAAUGGCAUCGAAGAAACUGGAUGAACUAAAGCCAUUCUCAAAGAGCAAGGGAAUGUGGCCCAAGGGCAUCCCAUUCAAGGUUACCAAUGGUAUCAACUUUCUCACAAAAGAUGGAAAAUUUGACGAGGAAGACAUUCUUGAGUCUGAUAUUGCCUUUUACCAAUACACAUCAGGAAGCACUGGUGAUCCAAAAGGAGUCAUGGUGACAUUCAAAGCAUUGGAAGCUAAUGUGAAACUCUUACAAGAUGGCAUCUACGAUGACUUUGCCAGAGAUGGACUCGGGGCUGAUGAUAUUGUUGGCUUCUCUUGGUUGCCACAGUACCAUGACUUUGGGUUGAUCUUUGCCUCCAUAGUGCCUUUUGCUGCAGGGUGGAGAAUGCACAUGAUGUCCCCAAUUUCAUUCAUCAAGAAACCCUUGCUUUGGCUGGAACUCAUGUCAAAGCAUAAAGUCACAUUGGGGGUUGCCCCAGACUUUGCCUAUCACUUGGUUGUCAGAAAGUUCAAGGAGGAGAGAUCAAAGAAUGGUGGAAAAAGUCCUAUUGCCAACUUUGAUCUGUCAGCAAUCCAUGGGUUGCAGAAUGGUGCUGAACCUAUUCGACUGGACACCCGAGAUACAUUCACAGAGACCUUCUCUGAGUUUGGCCUCCGCCAAGAUUGGUUUCACACUGGUUAUGGUAUGGCAGAAACUGUGGUAGGUGCAACACACAUGCCACAAUACAAACUCUCAAGGCCUCGGGGCGAGGAUACAAGGAGAUUUUUGGCAGUAGGGUCUAGAGAGACAUUUCAUGACAGCCUUACUGGGAAAAUUGUUGACCCCGUCAGUCUAACUGAACUUCCAGAUGACCAAACAGGGGAGAUUUGGAUUGCUGGUCCUUCUGUUGCUGCUGGAUACCAUGGAAAGCCAGAACUGUCUAGGGAAGUCUUCCAAGCCAAGCUCCCUCCAGAAGGCUCUGCCAGUGAUCAAGAUGAUAGCUCCACCACCUUCCUUCGAACAGGGGAUUUGGGCUUUAUGCAAGAUGGGUGCUUGUAUGUUUGUGGCAGGAUCAAAGACUUGCUCAUUAUCAAUGGGGUCAACUACUAUCCCCAAGAUAUUGAGCUUGCUGUUCAAUCCUGCAAUGGUGUCAGGCCAGGAUGUGUGGCAGCCUUCUCUUCUGAUGACUCUGGUGAAGGUGAUGGCCAGCUUGAAGUUGUCUUUGAGAUUAGGAAUGCAAACAAGAAGACUGCACAGACUGUCUGUGAGGCAAUAAAAUCUGCCAUCAUUCAAGACAUUGGUAUUGUUCCUUCCAAGAUUAUUGCAUUGGAAGAAAGAAGCAUAGCCAAGACAACCAGUGGCAAAAUUCAGAGAAGGAGAAACAGAGACCUGCUCCAUGCAAAUCAACACAAAGCUGUGUUUGUCCUGGAUCAGUCAUCCAUGUUGGAGAUAGCAGCAACCAGCGGUGGCCCCCAAGAGAUAGCCCAGGACCUGCCUCCUUCAGAGAAGUUUGAUGCCAUCAUGACUUUACUCUUGGGAUCUUGCUAUGAUCCAGAUUCUGAAUGGGAUGAGAAUGGCCUCACUUCCCUAAUUUUGAUUGAGCUCAAUAACAAGCUAGCCGAAUCCUUUCCAGCCACCAUCCCCAGUGACUUUCCUGACCAAUAUCCAACCCCAGCUGCACUCAAAAAGUACAUUCUCAGCCCAAAUCAUGGAUCAUUCUUCCCCGUUGAAGUACCAAGCUUUGACACUUCAGCUACAAGACUUCCGUGGCCUGUAGUCACUCUUUUGCAGGGGGUUGGCAUUAUGGUUCUCUUUUUGAUGCUAUCUGCAAGCACAAUUCCUUCCUUUUGGUGCUACAAGCUCAUCAUCUAUGAUGGAGCACCACCUGCUCUUGGGAUUUUGCUACCACUUGUCUUCUUGCUUUGGCACAUUGCCUUCACUCUUUUGGUUUGCCUCUCAAAGUGGACUGUCAUUGGCAAGUACACAGCCAGAGAGGUUCCAGUGGCAUCCCUAUACUAUGUCAGAUGGUGGUUUGUUGACAGGACAGUGCACUUGUGGGAGAUGUUGAUUGGCAGGUAUGUCAAAGACACUCCAUGGCUGUGGCUCUUCUAUACAGUGAUGGGCUGCAAGGUUCACUCCUCUUCCAAGUUGGAUUGCUUCCUCCGAGAGCUUGAUCUCUUGGAGAUUGGUGAAAAUGCUGAGAUCAGUUUUGGGAUCAAAUGUCGAAAGUUUGGACCCUGGCAGGAGUCUGGGCGACAUGCUGGGUCUCCCACAUUGAGGUUCAGACCAAUCAGAAUUGGGGAUGACUGUGUGGUUGAAGGGCAAGUAGGUCCUGGUGUGGUACUGGGAGAUGGCAGCAAAGUGGAGAAGCUAGCAGCCGUCCCUGAGGGUUCCCAGGUACCAACUUCUGCCAUUGCAACAGGAAGUCCUGCUCACCAGAGUGGCAUGGCACAUCCCAAAAAGAACUCUGAGCAUGACAAGAAGAGUAUGGCUGUGUUGAGAAUUAUCAAAUGUAUUUGGCCCCUUAUGGAACUCUACUUGACCUUUGCCAUUGCUGGGUGUGUUGGGUGGGCCAUCGCGACUGGAUUCUCUGGGUUUGAGUGGCGCUAUUCUACCCUUUUGAAGGCAUUCCUCAUCAUUGUCCCCACAGGUAUUGGAAACUUGCUGGUUUGCAUUCCCAUGAAAUGGAUUCUUAUUGGACACCGAAAACCAGGUCCAGUAACCAACAACUCUAUCUUCCAAAAAUCGCUUGACUGGAUGGUCGACUACCAUUUCUUUGCCAGCCUUGUUCUUCUGGACCUAGUGGCAGAAAAUGCAGUCAUGAUCAAUGGCUUUUUGUGGUUACUGGGCUUGGAUAUUGACAUUCAAACUAAGGUGUGGUGUGUACACUUCCCUCCCUCCAAGGUGGAUUUAAUCACUGUCACAAAGUCAUCGCUAUCUGUUGCACAUUUUGAUGUCAAACAAGAUGGCGAGUACAAAAAGAUCCACAUUGAAAACACAAGCAUUGGGCACAGUGUCACUAUUGACGGUGGUGUAACCAUUGACUCGGCCCAGAUCAACCCAUUGACACAUGUGACAGCCAACAUCCAAGCAACAAUGCUCUUCUUCUCCAUCAUCCCAACUUAUGAGUUCUACCAAGUGGACUUCUAUGUUCCCUUGGUUGGAUUUCCAGUUGUGAAAAUGGCUUUGGCACUUGCAGUUUUCUGUUUCUCUUGGUUCUUUCUCCUCGUACUGCUCCAUUGGGUCACAUAUCCAAGUCAGUACUUUUUUGGAGCUCGAGGACAAACUAAGCCCUGGUCCUUGGCCAUGUUUGCAAUUUACAUGGACUUGCACUGCUACCUCUGGGACUUCUCCCUCCUUCCAAUCUUCUGGGGCACACCCUUCUUCAAUUUGUUCCUUAGAGGCAUGGGAUGUAAUGUAGAGGGCCAAGCUCUCUUCUUUGGUAUUCGCCUCUAUGACUUGCCAUUGGUGACAAUCAAGGACCGGACCAUCAUUGAUUCGUGCAUUGUUUCGGGGCAUUCUUGGGUCUAUGAUGGUGUUUACAUUGGACCAACAACUGUUGCUGGAGUUCUACAUGAGGGAAGCUUCUGUUUGGCCAACACAUAUCUAGAGGAUUCAAGCAAAGAGACUCACCCAAUGCAGUUUGUGCCACCCAGAUUGAAUGGGGGGGAGGGAAUUUGA